GGCCCCUCGGACCCGGGCCACUUGGGAAAAGGAAGGGUUUUGUGUUUAUCAGUUCCACCUUCGGGGCUGAACAUGGAGAGCGCGCGGGGCAAGGAGGGAGCUGGCACUGGGCGGUCAGCAGAAGAGCAAGGAGGGGACCGGCAGCCGGGCGCCUCGAGGAGCUCAGCAAAGGGACUGAAGCGGAAGAAGUGUGCGGGAGACGGCAGAGAGAAGAAAAAACAAGAACAAGGCAGUGACGCACUAAGUCCGCGUAAGAAGAUAGCCAUCCCCCCGCUCCCCGAGGAGCUGCCCCCCAUCAACCUGAUCCACCGGGACGUCCUGCGGGCCUGGUGCCAGCAGCUGAAGCUCAGCAGCAAAGGCCAGAAACUGGAAGCGUAUAAGCGGCUCUGCGAAUACGCCUACCCGCAGCAAAAGAACAUUCUCAACACAGCCAACGAGGUCCGGCUCAAGGCGCCGGGCAGACCGAAGAAGCGGACCCUGGAAAGCCGCGAGGGGAGGAUGUCUUCGGUGGGAGCCGACCUUCCUGAGGGGGCCCUGCUCCCCGAGGGCCAGCUGGCUGCCCUGGAAGAGCCCCCUGCUCUCUAUGAAGAGGUCAGCACGAGCGUGGUGACCAUGGCCACUCCGGAGUCCGUGCUGGCCUCCUGGGGCCGAAUCGCAGCCGGCGCCGGGAGGACGGGGCCAGUGGAGCCGCCGGCAGAGGCCUGCGGUGACAAGUGGUGCGUGGUGCACGGCCGCAGUCUCCGUGCGGACAGCCCCGGCUGGGUGCGGCUGCAGUUCCACGCGGGACAGGCCUGGGUGCCCGAGAAGAAGGGGCGCGUGAGUGCCCUGUUUCUGUUGCCUGCCGGCACCUUCCCGCCGCCCCACCUGGAGGACAACCUGCUGUGCCCCAUCUGUGUCCGCAGCACAUGUUGUCAGCUCCCUUGGAAACAGUUGGACCUCUCAGCAAUCCUGCAGCUACGGUGGCUCCAGGAAGGUGUCCAAGAGGCCGCCAAGGUCCUCAACGGGAGCGUCUCCGGGUCCAGUGACGGCUCCUACCUGAGAGGACAGACAGGGUGCUGCCGUCCGGGUGCUGCGGGCAGGCGCAGGGCUGUGGGUCUCCAGCCCGUCGUGUCACAGGAGGCUCACAGCUGCAGCAGCCGUCCCGGCCCAGCCUGCAGCCCCCGAGAGGCGCGGCUGCGUCCACCUCCACCCUGCUCCCCGAGCCGUACGCGGACAGAGACCCGCGUGCAGCGCGCUCACCUCGCGAAGCCCGGAGCAGGCCUCGUGGUGGCCCGGCUGGCAGCGUCUCUGCACAGACCGGGCAGACGGACGGAAGGCGAUCGAGGCCCGAGCCCGGGACUGCGCGAGGCCUGGGGGUCCCGGCUCCCGACGCUCAUGGUCCUCCAAGGGAAAGGGGUAGAGAUCAAGCGUCGGUGGCGGGCUGGGAAGACCCGGCCCUUCCCCCGCGUGGAGCACGCAGGCCGGACCCCAGUGCUGGCUCCGAAGCGCGGUGAUCUCCCAGGGUGGGAGCGGCGCCUGCAGCCCCGGGAUCAGCUCCGGGCUGGAGGACACGGCCAGGGGCCCGCCGCGCCUCGGGGCACAGUGGCGGGGCUCAGAAGCGCCUUCAUCCCCUCUGCCGGGGCGGGCCGUGACUUAGAGCCCAAGUCCGCCCAGCCGGGGAGGGACCCGGCCUCGCCCAGGGGAGAGUGUGCUCGGAGGGGCCGCCGCGGGCUGCCGGCUCGGGAGAGUGGGGGCCCGGGCGGCAGGAGCCUGGCAAGGGGUUUAGGGAGAGUGGCGUCUCCAGGCAAAGCGGAGGGCGGCCAGCAAGGUGCCCUUCAACACCCGCGGGCAGAGCGGGUCCAGGGGGAGCGGCGGGAGGCCGAGGGAGGCCCCCGGAGGAGCCGGCCCCUCACUCCGCCCCAGACCGAGCUCCGAGGGCAGCUCUGCGGAGGGCAGGUGCCGCCUCCCAUUCCUCUCGGGACCGGCCCAGCCCUUCCCGGAGGGACCCGCGGCCCCUUCGCGGGCUCACUGCGCCCCACUGCCGAAGAGAACGGAGGCACCCUGAGGUCACGUUGA